UUCACAACAACAAUAAUGUCAGACAAACGAAUUAGAUUAAGCGGCGCAGCAUACAAAAAGGCGGCAAAAGAAAAACUAGAAAAGACCGAUAAUAUGCUUAGAAAAAUUCCAAAACUUCAUUUAUAUUUUGCUGCUACAAAUCCGGAAAAAACGGAAUCGGAAUUAAAGAAAUAUAGUCCAAAAAACAUAGAUAAAAUAGGAAAUAAUUUAGAUGGUGCUUAUGAAGUUCAAACUAAUCAGGUGGACGUUCAAAAUGACAAUGAACACGCAGAAGAAGGGACUUCGGCAAAUGAACGACAGACUGAAAUCAUCAAAAGUUCUUUUCAUAACGUUGGUCAUGCAUCACAAAUUCCUUUAUCCGACCCAGCAAAAUGGAACUACGAUUCAGAUUCUAUUAACUUCCUACUUGAAAACCCUCCAAAGUUAGACUUACAAAAAUUACCAUUCGAAAAAACAAAAAGAAUAAUUGGCAAUACAAGUAGAUGCCUAACUCCUGAUAAUUUUAUGAGAAAAUUACAAAACGGUGAAAAAAAAAUUAGAGAUUGAAUUGUAUAUUCUUCGUCCAAAAACGCGCUGUUUUGUUAUCAAUGUUUACUUUUCUCACCAAAACCAACAGUUUUUGGAAAUAAAGAUGAAGGAUUUAUAAACUGGAAAAAGUGUAAUGAAAUUUUACAAGAACAUGAAACCAGUAAAAAUCAUGCUGAAUCAGUGAAAAUUUGGUUUUCUCGAAUAAAAAUAUACUGUAGUGUGAUUGAUAUAGAACUAAAGAAAGAUAUUGAAAAUCAGACUUUUUAUUGGAAAAAUGUUUUACAUAGAAUAGUCGAGACAAUUUCUUUUUUAGCAUCGAGAGGCUUAGCUUUUAGAGGAG